AUUACCAAGUUCCGUGGUAAUGAUGUUUUUAGUUCUGAAGUUUGCCGAGUUGAAUCCCUUUGCUAUCUUAAAAAAAGUUUGAAUGAUUGGCUUGCUGAAGAACAAAGACUAACAAAUAUUAACAAUAAUAACAAGGAGGAUUUUGAUCCUAAUCAAGUUAAAAAUCUAAUUGAAUGCUGA